AUGACUAGCCUUAGCGUGUAUCGAGACCAGCGAUUCCAGGUUAGUGGCGACCGUUCGUAUGGCGAAGGCGCAUCGACUCAGGGCCGCUUUCAGGGUAACCUGCGGGAGCUGGAACGGUUGCUUUCGAUCAGCUGUACGCUGUACGUCGGUAACAUGUCGUUUUAUACGUCCGAAGAGCAGGUUCACGAACUGUUUUCACGGGCCGGCGACGUCAGGCGCAUCAUCAUGGGCUUGGAUCGUCACAAAAAGACGCCGUGCGGCUUUUGCUUCGUUGAGUAA